GAAGGGGAGAGAGACGUACACAAGUAAGAAAUCUUCAAUGGCAAUGUGGGUUGCCGAGUCUCUGAAAAUUCCUUCUGGCUUUGUCGUCUCGUUUAUUCAAAGAAAAACGAAGAUAGUAAUAAUAAUCAACAAAGGCAUAUAUAGUGAAGGUGAAUCUGGAAGAGAUGAGGGAAAGAUGAUGUUCGGAAAGCAGUUCAAGCAACAAAAGUGGACUGGUGCUUACAUGGAUUAUAAUGGUCUUAAAAAGAAUAAUGGGAGAGAUCUUGCAGUACAAGCAAAGCAGGCAACCUUCAACACAUUUGAGAUCCAUACUGCACAAAUUAACUUUGCACAGACCCUUCAGACUCCAGUGGACUAAACCUGCAAUCUACCAAUCUCUCCAGUAAAGGAGAUAUUGAGGACCAAGUGAUAGAUGUUAAUUCGCUGCCCCAAGAUGGCUGUAGAAAGUUUUACACGACUCAGUUCCUGAGGGAGUCUGAAGAAGGAGGCGAACUAGAGGUUAAGUUCUUUAAGAAACUUGAUGAACAACUUAACAAGUUUAACACUUUUUACAAGGAUAAGUUGGACGAGAUGAAGCAUGAAGCAUCUUUGCUGAAUAAACAAAUGGAUGCUUUUAUUGCCUUGCGUAUUAAGGUGGAGAGCCCUGGUUUUGACGACUCUUGUGCGAAGAAAAGUUGUGAUACUGGUGUUGUUACCACAAACCCCUUGAAGAGCUGUAGCCCAAGCAGAGACACACCUUCAGGCUUCAGGUAUGGGAACAUAAAAAGUGUGAUUUGUCAGCUGAGUUGCAAAGCAUCAAUAUGGCCUUUUAUAUGUUGAAUAAGAAGCAAGAAACCAUGGAGAGAUCAGAAAAAUGGACCAAGAAUGGUUGUAGCUGUUUUAAGUUGGUUACAAAGUAGAAGAAGCUAUAAUCGAAGGAUUUUUUUAUUGGCCGAGUUUAUGAAGUUUUUGAUUUUCCUCA